GUUUCUCGCCUUUGCAAUCGCUCAUGACCCGCACACUUCUAUGCGCAUAUCCGCGAGAGAAUUGAUAGAUCUUAGGAUGGCCAUUCACUAUCCCAAGUGUUCCCUCGCCCAGUCGGCCCUUAAAGCCAUGCGAUGUGGAUCCAACAUGCCUCCGCAUUCUAGCCUCGGCUCAUAAUCCUCGAGUCUCGUUACCGUCAUCUCACCAAAAGUCGUAAUCCGACAAACUCCCCAUCUUCUCUGCCUCUUCAAUCUCCUCCUUCUGCGUCGCGUCGACUACAUCUACCUCGACGAAUAUCCGAAAUGGCAGAAAACGGCAUUCUUACCGAAUACAAGGGCAAGAUUGCCAUCAUCACGCUCAACGUCCCCAAGAAACUCAACGCGCUCGAUGGAAACCUGUACUACCAGCUUGCGCGCGCAAUGCAUGAGGUCGCUGCCCGGGAUGAUGUGUACAUAACUAUUCUGACAGGCAAGGGGAGGUACUUUUCUGCCGGCGCAGACGUGUCCUUUGGCGGUGCUCAAGACCCCUCAGCAGUCGAUGAGCGUCAAGCCUGGCUCAAGAACUUUGUUUCCAACAACCUACACAUCACACACGCCUUCUACACCCAUCCCAAAAUCCUCGUAACAGCCCUCAACGGCCCUGCUGUCGGCCUCUCCGCUGCUCUCAUCGCCUUCUCCGAUUUUAUCUACGCUGCGCCGCACUCGUUCCUCUUGACACCAUUUUCUAGUCUGGGCCUGGUGGCUGAGGGCAAUGCGAGCGUCGCGUUCGUGAGGAGACUAGGCAUAUCCAAGGCAAAUGAAGCUCUAAUCAUGAGCAAACGGAUCACUAUUGAAGAGUUAGUGCACACCGGAUUUGUGAACAAGGUCAUCGAUGCCGGAAACCCAAAGGACAGCAACUUCAGUGACAGAUUUCUUGGUGAGGUGUUGAAAGAAGUUGACGACAGGCUGGGCGAUCACUUGAACAGCGACAGUCUUAUCAAGAUCAAAGCACUCAUCCAGAAACCGUAUUUGGAUACAUUGGACAAACAGGGCGUAGAAGAAGUUUUUGCUGGACUAGAGCGAUUUCUUAAAGGCGUUCCCCAAGAGGAGUUUCGUAAGAUCGCAUCCGGGGAGAAGAAGCACAAAUUGUAGAUAUACCUGAUAUACCCAAUGCAAAAAAUAGGAUGCCUGCUACUUCAGAUAGCUUCCAAC